UCAUAUUUCAUUUUCUAUGAUGGCCAGAGAAACCGCCAGAAAAUGUUCUCACUGUGGGAGCAAUGGCCACAACUCAAGAACCUGCAAUGGCAAGGGCUGUUUUAAGCUUUUCGGGGUGCAACUUUUGAAUAAAAAACUUGAUCCAUCCUUUAAGGAAAGUGCUAGCGUUAGAAAUUUGCAGUUUCUUUCUGCAAACUCCAAUGGAGAUGAUGACUAUAAUGGGUAUCUCUCUGAUGGCCUGGUUCAUUUUAAGAGAGCCAAGACUGCAAAUGAAAGGAAGAAGGGGAAACCAUGGAAUGAAUUGGAACAUUUGAACUUUUUAGCUGGGUUAAAAUUGCUGGGAAAAGGAGAUUGGAAAGGGAUUUCAAAGAAAUUUGUACGCACCAGGACCCCAACUCAAGUUGCAAGUCAUGCACAAAAAUAUUUUCUGAGACAGGCUUUGAGCGACAAGAAGAAUCGAAGAGCCAGUGUCUUUGACAUUGGUUGUUCAGAACCUGCUAAUAACUUAAGUCAGAUUGCAAAUCAAUUCCCAGAUAUCAGCCUGAAUGAAGCCACAAUCGCUAUUCCUCACUUGAGGAACCCUUGCAAUGGUCAGAACUUUGGAGGAUUUCAGGCUGUGAAUUAUCAGAGGGCAGGUUAUGUGUACCUGCCUCCUCGUGCACCAGUCACCACCCACCACCGCCCCUCUGGUAUUCCUCCACCAUCUCGUUCAUUUCAACAAGUUCCAAGAUCCUUUAAAACUGCUUCUACAACUUCAACUACAAAAGAUUCUUUGGAGCUUAAAAUUGGACCUCCUGAAGCAAUUCAAGUCAUAUGAAAUUUUGCUUUUGUGCUCUAUGCAAUUUUGAUUCACA